AUGGUUUUUCAUGUUGACAGGGUUAUUUCAAUAGUUACAGAAAAGAUACUCGUUGGGUCUGGCCCGGAUUCUUGCAUUGCAUUUCCCUUAUAUAUUGCGGGCAGAGAAGCUGUUUUGGAGGCUCACAGAGCACAGGUUUUGAAUUUUAUCAACUUAUCGGAAUGGCAUCUUAAUUUAGGUAGUCAGAGGUUAGCUAGAAGUCUUUUGUGUGAUCAUUUUUGGGUAAAAGAUCAAGAAAAUAUGGAGGAAGUGCAAAAGAAAAUCUCAAAAGAGUUUCCUUUUAUAAUUUAUUAGGUUCAACUGUUCCGGGGACUCCUAUGUUUUAAAUUCACCAUUUUCAAGUCAUAUUGCGUGAAAUACUACGAAAUUAUACGUAGCAGCAGAGAAGAAAUUUGAGUGGAACUCUGGAAAGCAUAUACCGAAGAAUUGAUUUUCUCAAAUUUGUUGCUCUUUUGAGAACGGAAUCUACGAUACGCUAGCUGCCAGUGCCCAUACACACACCGGAGAAUAUAUAUUUUCUCAAAAGUAUAGCUGUUUUGGGAAGUAGAAACACGGGAUUUUGCCCUUAUCAUCAAUAGAUGGUGGUGAGCAUCAGCAUGAAAUACUAUUAUAUAUAGGUAAGAAAUUCCUUUAGACCUUGUGGGUAUAAGAUGAAUUCCUCGAAAUCUCAAAUAUGUCUUGCAACCGAAAGACAGUAUUCCGCAAAAAACUAUACUCCUAUGCCAGUGGUAUUUAAGAAAGCAAUAGGGUGUAAAGUAUGGGAUGUCGACGACAAUGAAUACCUAGAUUUUGGAGGCUCAUAUUGUGCAACUAAUCAAGGUCAUUCACAUCCAAAAAUUGUUCAAGCUCUUAUUGACCAAGCACAGAUUUGCGCUUUGCCAUCUAGAGCAUUUACCCAUAAUCUAUAUGGAGAUUACAUCAAAUUUGUUUGUCAAUAUUUCGAUUUUGAAAAAGCACUUCCAUUGAAUGGUGGAUCAGAAGCAAUUGAGUUUGCAAUAAAAUUAGCUAGAGCUUGGGGUUAUACCAAGAAGGGAAUUAGUCAAAACGAAGCCAUAGUAUUAUUUGCUGCGAAUAAUUAUCAUGGUAGAACCCUUGGCAGUACUUCGGCAUCAACCACACCAGGUGCCAGAAAAAACUAUGGUCCUUUUCUUCCUAAAGUUGGCCCUUAUUAUGGGUCGGAAGGUAAAUUUAUUAGGUACAACCAUAUUGAAGAUAUAGAAGAAGCUUUUAAAACUGAUGGACCAAAUAUAGCUGCUAUUGUUUUGGAAUCUCUUCAGGGAGAAGCAGGGAUCUAUGUUCCAAAAGAUGGGUAUUUGCAACAAGUAAAACGUUUAUGUGAAGAGUAUAAUAUUUUAUAUAUUGCUGAUGAAGUUCAAAUGGGUGCUGGAAGAACAGGUACACUUUUAUCAUGCGAGCAAGAUGGUAUUAAGCCAGAUGUGCUUGUGGUUGCAAAAAGUAUUGGUGGUGGGGUCUAUCCUACUAGUUUGGUUUUAUCAUCUGGAGAAAUAAUGGAUUGCAUCGAACCAAAUUCUCAUGGUGCAACAUUUUCUGGUAGUCCAUUAAGUUGUGCAACAUCCAAGGUUGCAUUAGAGGUAUUAAUUGAAGACAAUAUGAUUGAUAAUGCAAAGCACUUAGGAAAGAUAAUGCUUGAUGGUCUUAAUUCUAUCAGAGAAAAGUCCUCUAUUAUAACCGAUGUGAGAGGAAGAGGUUUGAUGGCAGGUUUUGAUAUUGAUGAGCUGCAACUAAAUGGAAAAAAGGUAUGGCAUGUUUGUAUGCUUUUGAGGUCAAAAGGUAUUAUUUGUAAAAUGGUUCAUGCAAAAACCAUUCGGUGGGCACCUGCGUUGGUGAUUACCGAAGAGGAAUUAAGAUUUGGUCUUCGUAUGUUGGAACAAACCAUCAAUGAAAUUACUGCAUUGGAAAUUGCAGACAUUCCUGAUGCUGUGACAUUUGAUUAUUUGAGAUACUAAGGAUUGCAAAUUCCAUCGAGGCUCGUUAUUUAAUUAACAUUGUGUACGCUGUCUGCUUUUAGAUGAAUAUAUAAAUUUAAAUACUGAAUAGAGUUACUGGAUCACAUCACAAUGGCCUAGGUCAUUGUCACAAAUAAUCAUAGUGGCUAAAUAUUUUGAAUCCAGGCAUCUUAGAACGCUGACUUUUAUUCUUUUUUGGGGAUGGCUUAUUUUAUGAAAUAGACCAGCUUGCAAAACAAUGAAAUGCUUACACUGACGUUCUUUCAUCAUAUUUAUGGAAUCAGACAAUCAUCCCGAGUAUUCAAAGCGUUGAGGACAAGUUCCGUUCAUCUUACAGCUAAAAUCAUAUAUUUAGGGCUUUUCUUCUUUCACCUAUGAAUACAAAACAAUCUCCAUGACAGCAUCAAAUCAAACCAUAUACAACAUUUCAACUUGACUAAGCGGCAUCACAGUCCUUAGAAAUAUGGCCGGUUUGUCCACAGUUGUAGCAAGCCUUAACCGAAAAGUUGUCACCUCCAGUAGCAGACCGACAGUCCUUAGAAAUAUGGCCGGUCUUUCCACAAGCGUAACACUUGGUGUUGUUGGCUUGACAGUCUCUGGCAAAAUGGUUAGGACCUCCACACUUGUAACAGGUGGUAGAAGGCUUGAACUUAGAAGCAGCAGGAGCAGACGCUGGCUUUUCAGUAGCAGAAGCAUUGCAGUUCUUAGAUAUGUGGCCAAAUUGACCACAAUUGUAACACUUGGAACCUUGUUCUUGAGUUGGACAGUCAGAUUGAACAUGUCCCACAUCACCACACAAGUAACAUUGUUUAUGGGUGGUCAGUUUUGGUUCCUCACAUUCUGAGCUUUCAUGGCCGGGUUGGUGGCAGUUGUAGCACAAUCUUUCUUCUUGAGUACAGCUUUCAGCCAAGUGUCCGACUUCUCCGCACUUGUAACAAGCUCUUGGGAAUACUGCUGCCAUUUUAUUUAAUAAUUGUAAUAAAGCUGGUCUUUAUCGAUGAUGAAAAUUUUUUGAAUGCGCGAAGAUUUCUUGGUCUCGACACUUUUUUGUCCUGACAGUCGGGUAACUGCUAGUACAAAUCUCGGUAAAUGGCAUCUGCAACUGCAAUUGUUUUGAAUAUUUCUUUUGUAUCAUGGACUCUGACAAUGUUGGUUUCUUGUUGUACACAUACCACUAUAGAAGCAGCAGUACUGAAAACUCGAGUUUCGGCUGUGGGCUCAUUGUUGAUGGUGCCCAAAAACCUCUUUCUCGAUGGCCCCAAAAGAAGCGGAAGUCCAUUAAAACUCAUAUAUUUUUCAUUGGCCGUGCCGGUUUCAGUAUUGGCUUGUUGACGUAAAAUGGUGCUGUAGUGUUUGAACGAAUGACUGUGUUUCAAUAUGGCCAAGUUUUGGGUCAAAUUCUUAGCAAACCCAAGACCCGGAUCCAAAAUUACUUGCCAUUUUCUAACUCCUUGCUUAAAUGCCUUUGAAAUCUGUGACGCCUGCUCUCUUCCAAUUCCAUUUAUGAGAUUGUUCAC